ACGCCAGUUGACCAACCACCAGAGUACAUCAAGCUUUUUGUUAACGCUCUAGGGAGUUCUUCAGUGAAAGUCCGUCCUCUUCUUUCAGGAUAAGAAUCCUCUCUAUUUCAAUACUUCAGGAAAUUCUUAAGUAUUGUGUGUGCCUGUUGAGCGCUCGCUUGAGUGAGCGUAGAUGUGUUUCAUAUAUUCUACGUUGGCAACAGCCUAACCGAAAAUAUACAAAGUGAACGGCUGGAAUGAUAUUUCCUGUAGGAUUUCUUGAUAAUCGCGAAUCUAAAUUAAGAAGAAGUUACAUUUAAUCAGAUUUUAACCAUGAGUCGACGAAAACCUAUAAGUCCACGUGAGAAUCUUCCAUCUCUGUCAAGGGAGUCAAGAAAACCAGAUGAAUCAGAGGAAUCAUCGGAAGAUGAAGUUGCGCCAGAGAAGUCUCCUCAUCAACAAAAUGGGGCUGGCUAUUGGGGUUGGGUCAUUUUAGUAGCAGUUGUACUUGGGCUCGUUUUGUUUCAAUUUACCUCUGAACGUAAACCCGAUUUUGAGGAAAUAGAAAAUGAAUUAAAAAAAGUGUUAAGCAAUGUAAAAAGAAAGUUUCCAACUCAAGAAAAACAGUUGUGGCCAUACUUAUUAUCAGUUCUAGCAGGAGUUUGUAGUAGCGAUAUUUCAUGCCCCAAGGUAAUUCUUCUCAUAGAUCGAGAUGAUGGUCGGACAAGUCAGUGUUUUGUGAGAAUGGUGGCCAACCAAUCUGCACCUGUAUUGCCGUUUGAGGAAAAAAGAGCUCUGUUCCUGAAUGGUGAUGACCUGAAUUGUGAUAAUUGUGUAGAGGUGCACAGAGAGAAAGCUAAGAAACAUGGGAUUGUAGUAAUUCAGCAUCUUGAAAAUUUUCCAAUUAAAUCUGCUGAUUCCCUCCACUUUUUUUGUGAUGAGCAUGAGACUGAAUUUGCCAAGGCUGCUUAUCUUCUCACAAUGACUGUAAGGAACAUAGAAAAAGAUGCGACCAAAACUGCAGAGAAUGCUUUGCGGGCUUCAUGGAAGUCCAUGCAAAAAGACAAUCUUGAUGCAUUAAUUUCUAGACUAACAUCUCUUGUUGUAUUUGUGCAGCCUGAGACAACUUUGAACUGUGAUUAAUUGCAAAUUCAGUAUUAUUUUCUUUGGUCUAUUAUUGGUAAUUUUCUAAUAAAGGUGACAGAAAACAUGGA